CUCGUCGCCGGCCUCCACACCGCCUCCCGCCUCCGCGUCUCCAUCCUCCACGUCUAUGGCGACUCCCAGCUCGUUGUCAACCACGUCUCGGCGGAGUGGUACGCCCGGAGCCCUCUCACGCAGGCGCUGUGGCGCCAGGUCCGGGCGCUUAGCCGCGAGAGAUUUAGCUCUUUCUCGAUCGAGCGAGUGCCCAGUUAUGAAUAUAAUGGCGCCGCGGAUGUGUCGCACGUAGCUGCGAGCUUGCGCUCGGAUUUCUGCCGCACCAGUGGCACUCGUGUGUUUUGAUUCGACUCUUGCUAGGAAUGUAGCUGUCGAUCGAUCGAAUCGAUCGAGUUCUUCCGAGGAACACGAUCACCAUUUCGUUUGAAAUAUUUUUAGGACCUAGGGUACAAUGCUAGUGAAUCUUGUCCAAUGCCAUGGCGGCAGCGCCUUGGAUCGCGCAGCGCGCUCCCGCUCGGAAUCGCCAGUUCUUGGUGGCGCCCGGACGGAUUCCAUCGGAUUUGCCAGGAAAUCUGUGAGCAGGGUCUAUGUCUUGGACGUCCAUCCGCUGUGCUACCGCGGGAGCAAGCCGGAUUCCAGCGAGUUUUUGUGGUGGAUGAGAGCGUUUCUUCGCAGGAUUGUGCUUGACGAUCCAGUGAUUGCUGUUUUCGAUGGCGAAUUUGGGAAUGACUAUAGGAGAAAAAUUCUUCCUUCUUACAAGGCUGGAAGGAGGAAAUUCAAGCCUCUAGAUCCGAGCUUCAAAUGGACAAGAGGUUUAGAGGCGAGUUUCUCUCGUUUCCAAUGCUUUCUUCGACAGUGUAACAUACCUGUUGUGAAAGUUGAUAAUGUUGAAGCGGACGACGUCAUUGCGACACUAGCUCGGCAAGUUAACGACAGGAGUUUGAAAGCAGUCAUUGCAUCUCCAGAUAAAGAUUUCAAGCAGCUUGUUUCGGAAAACGUCGAGCUGCUGAUUCCGUUCGCGGAUCUACGAAGGUGGUCAUUUUACACAGUCAAGGAUUACGUUGAACAACACAAAUGCGAGCCUGGGAUUGAAUUGGGACUUCGAUGCUUGCUAGGGGAUGCUGCUGAUGGUGUUCCCGGUGUGCCUGGGUUUGGACGGAAAACAGCUCUGAAACUUAUGAGGAAGCACGGCUCGCUAGAAAAUCUAUUAAGUGCAGCGGCAUUUCGGACGGUUGGGAAGCCCUACAUACAAGAUGCUCUCAAGGAGCAUUCCGUGUUGCUUGAGAAAAACUUGGAAGUUUUGUCCUUACGCAGAGAUAUUAACGUAGAGCUACCAGUUGAGUGGUGCUUGUCCAGGGACAAGUCAAACGAUCUUGCUGCAUUGCAGUGGCUGGAGAAAGAACUUGAAAUGCUGCAGCGUGUCUAAACACAGAGAUAUUGACGUAGAGCUGGUGCUUGUCGAGGGAUAAGUCAAGCGAUCUUGCUGCAUUGAAGGAACUUGAAACGUUGCAGGUUGUUUAGCAGCGGUGAACUGAUCAGGCUCAAGAAUCCAUAGUCUGUCCUUGAUGGAAGCGAAGGUUGGUCCACUUCUGCAGAAACCUCAGGGUCUUUCAAAUGGAGUGUACAGACGAAUGCAACGUCAGGGAUUGAAACCAGCCAUUGGCAUUGUUGUUGGUGCUCUCAAGGUGACUUCUCAAACAUUAUCGUCGCCAACAUCCUGCUUGAUCUGUACGCGAAAUGCGGAAGCAUGAUAGAUGCUCGUGGAACAUUUGACAGCAUGCCACAUCGCGAUGUUGUCUCCUGGAAUUCGAUCGUACAGGGAUAUGAUAUGCACAGAGUGGAAAUGGUGAAAUGGCUCUACAGUUGUUUGCUCGUCUGGGAGACGAAGGGUACAAACCGGAUCGAGUAUCAGUUCCUGGUGCUCUCAAGGCUUGUUCCAGCUUGAUAGAGAAGGAUUCCGGGCAGGCUUUGGAUGGUCAACGGGUGGUAUUCUUAGAGAGGAGCAGGGAGAUUCACAGGAAAGCAGUAAAACUUGGCUUAGACUCGGAUCUCUUCGUCGCGAGCACCUUGAUUGAUCUUUACGCAAAAUGUGGGAGCUUGACAGAGGCUCGUCGAGUUUUCGAAGGAAUGAGCCAUCGUAGUGUGGUGACAUGGAACUGCAUGAUUCUCGGGUAUGGCCAGCAGCGGCGAGGGUGGUGAAGCUCUCGAUAUCUAUGCUCGAAUGCGUCGUGGAGACACUCCACCGGAUACUUCCUUCUUCCAUCUUGCUCUUGGCAAUCUUCUCUUCCUUCACCGUCUCCUUCCUUUCCUUCUUCGCCUGGUUGAAGCAUAGCGCAGGUUUUCGAUGGCGAAUUUGGGAAUGACUAUAGGAGAAAAAUUCUUCCUUCUUACAAGGCUGGAAGGAGGAAAUUCAAGCCUCUAGAUCCGAGCUUCAAAUGGACAAGGGGUUUAGAGGCGAGUUUCUCUCGUUUCCAAUGCUUUCUUCGACGUUAGUUGAUAAUGCUGAAGCGGACGACGUCGUUACGACACUAGCUCGGCAAGUUACAGACAGGAGUUUGAAAACAGACAGGAGUUUGAAAGCAGUCUUGCAUCCCCGGAUAAAGAUUUCAAGCAGCUCGUUUCGGAAAACGUUGAGCUGCUGAUUCCAUUUGCGGAUCUACGGAGGUGGUCGUUUCACACUGUCAAGGAUUACGUUGAACAACACAAACGCGAGCCUGGGAUUGAAUUGGGACUUCGUAUAUAUCCAGUUUCGUAAGUUUGGCUGAUUAUUUCUUCUUGUUUUUUUCUUUCCAAGGAUGCUUGCUAGGGGAUGCUGCUGAUGGUGGUCCCGGUGUGCCUGGUUUUGGACGGAAAACAGCUCUGAAACUUAUGAGGAAGCACGGCUCGCUAGAAAAUAUAUUAAGUGCAGCGGCAAUUCGAGCGGUUGGGAAGCCAUACAGACAAGAUGCUCUCAAAGAGCAUUCCGUGUUGCUUGAGAAAAACAUGGAAGUUUUGUCCUUACGCAGAGAUAUUAACGUAGAGCUACCAGUUGAGUGGUGCAGGGAUAAGUCAAACGAUCUUGCUGCAUUGCAGUGGCUGGAGAAAGAACUUGAAAUGCUGCAUCGUGUCUAAAGAGAGAGAUAUUGACGUAGAGCUGGUGCUUGUCGAGGGAUAAGUCAAGCGAUCUUGCUGCAUUCCAAUGGCUGGAGAAGGAACUUGAAACGUUGCAGGUUUUUUAGCAGCGGCAAACUGGUCAGGCUCGAGGUUGGUCCCAUUUGUAUCUUAUGCCACAGAAGAAAACGCAGAAAAAACCAAGAGCUUGAUAGAGAGGAUUCCGGGCAGGCUUUAGAUGGUCGAUGGCUGGAUACAGAGGCAUCGGUGGGAAGUUCUCUCGCUCAAAACGAGGCGCUCAAAGAGCGUGGCCUUGCAAGGCGGACGCGUUGGUGUAUUCUUAAGUUCGUGCCUCAAGUGGAGAGAUGUGGAGCUUGGCUGGAUGGCCUUCAAGUCGGUUCUCAAGCUCGACGACGGAACAGGCUCUGCGUACUCUCUCACGUCCAACAUCUAUGCCCGAGGAAGGCAUGGGGACUCAAGAGAAACGAGCAGAACACAAGCAAGAACAGCGAAGAACAAGGAUAAAGCAAGGAGAGGGGAAGCGGUUUAAAGGAAGGAGAGCGCUUGAACGUGGAUGAUGGUGUGCUUUGGAUCAACGUAGCCAGUGGAAGUUAGGAAAAUGGAAGAACGAGGUAAAAACAUUGACAGCAAAAGAAAUGAUCCUGUGAUCUCCAGGUUUGCGGACACUGGAAACACUCGGUCUCGGUGAUGAGGUUACUUUUUGGCGCAACAAGGACAUCGAUGUUCACUUGGUUGCUAACAAGAGGAUGUUCUCGAGCUCAAAGGGUUGAACACGUAACAAAUAAAAGGGAAA